GCCACGACAGUCAGCCCAAUAGGGCGACAAUGCGACCUGCGCCGUUGCCAAGCUGCUGAGAGGAUCAAAUUGUCAUCGUGAUGGAGGAAUUCGCAAAGGCGGAGCAAGCAAAAGCCGAUGGCAACAAGUACUUCCAAGAAGGCAAGUAUGCCAAAGCCCUCGCAUCCUACUCUAUGGCCAUUGAGUUGUCGGAGGAUGAUGGGUUGGACGGGUUGGAUUCCUUGGACGAUACCAAGCCAAAGAAUCCCAGCAUCCAGAUUUACUACGCAAACAGAGCAUUUUGUCACAUCAAGAUGGAGAACUUUGGCUCCGCCUUGGUAGAUGCCACCAAAGCUAUUGAAGCAAAAGAAGACUUUCCAAAGGGCUGGUACCGACGAGGCUCCGCCCAGAUGGCUCUAGGACGGCCCAAGGAAGCUCUGAAAGACUUCAUGCAGCUUUGCAAGUUGGCUCCAAACGACAAGGAUGCCAGAGAAAAGCUGAAACAAUGUCAAAAACAAGUCCAAGCUGACAAGUUUGCCAAAGCCAUUGGCUGUGAGAAGACCAAGCCCGCAAGUGAAACAGUGGAUGUGGCAAAGAUGGAGGUUGAUUCAACCUAUGAUGGGCCAAUGUACAUCUCUGGCUCAUGCACCGUUGACUUCUGUCAGCACCUCAUGGAGCAUCAGAAAAAGGAGCAGUGCAUUGCCAAGAAGUUUGCCUAUCAGAUUGUCUUAGAUAUGAUCGAGAUGCUGAAGCAGUCAAGCACAUUGGUGGACAUCGACGUUCCCGAGAAGGGUGAGGUCACAGUCUGUGGAGAUGUCCAUGGGCAGUUCUAUGACCUGCUGAACAUCUUUGCCCUCAACGGUGUUCCUUCAGAGGCGAAUCCGUAUUUGUUUAACGGUGACUUUGUAGACCGAGGAUCCUUCUCUGUGGAGGUGAUCCUAACCCUCUUUGCCUGGAAGCUAGCGUUUCCAAAUCACAUGCACUUGGCUCGGGGAAAUCACGAGACAAGAAACAUGAACAAGUUGUACGGCUUUGAGGGGGAGGUGACCAAGAAGUACGGUGAGGAGCUCUACCAGCUCUUCUGCGAAGCCUUUUGCUUACUACCACUUUGCCACGUGAUCAACCAGCAAGUUUUCGUGGUGCAUGGUGGUCUUUUCUCACAGGAUGGUGUCACCUUAGAUGCCAUCCGGAAGGUGAAUAGAGAUUGUGAGCCACCUGAUGAGGGCCUUAUGACGGAAAUGCUGUGGAGCGAUCCCCAACCCGGCCGAGGCCGUGCACCUUCCAAGAGAGGGGUUGGGGUGGCCUUCGGCCAAGAUGUGACGGAGAACUUUCUGAACGUGAACGGCCUCAAGAUGGUGAUCCGUAGCCACGAGAUGAAAGAAGAGGGCUACGAGAUCGAGCACAGCGGAAAACUGGUCACAGUUUUCUCGGCUCCGAACUACUGCGACCAGAUGGGAAACAAAGGUGCAUUCAUCAGACUUGAUGGGAAGACCAUGACACCAAAAUAUACCACCUUUGCCCAUGUCAGUCACCCAAAUGUGAGGCCCAUGCAGUACGCCAAUCCCAUGCUUGGACAAUUGAUGGGCAUGUCAUAAGUCCCUGGAGUCCCUGGCGGCCUGAGAUCCGUGGCAAUUUUGUACUGAGCCCGGCCGGAGAAAAAUGUUUCAAAGCGUCAAUGAGCACUGGCAAGCAAAUAUUGAUGGACAUG